CCUACAUAGUUUGAGUUCCUUUAGAACUUUGUUGUAGCUUUGAGAACAAGCAGCUGGGAACAUCCCACAAGAGCCGCAGUAGUAAUCACGCAGCUGUGUGCUUGUAAUCAGUUAUAUUCUUUCUGCCUCCACCCCAUCACCUUCAGGGACAUAAUCCUGUAUUUCUUUCUUUUCUGUCCAUCCCAUUGCAUGUAUGUGAAGGCCUUUAUGCAGAUCUGGGGGUUCCUGCCUAGACGGGAGAGCUCAUGGCCACGUUUACGUUGCCUGCUGACAGCCUGAUCUGCAGGUGCCUUGGUGUCUCCAUCACUGCAUGGUUGACUUUUCUGUUUGGCUUUGCUCCACUCCUGGCUGUACUUGGAGUCUCCGUUGGCAUCAGUAGCUUCUACACGAGGACACUUCUUCAUGUAUUUGAGUGGGCCAAUUUACACAUGGAUUUAAGGGUAAAAGAGAAGAACCGACAACUCUUCAGACAUGAUACCAAUGGUGUUUUAGACAAAAAGCCUCAGUUGUCUUUAAAGCAGGAAAUCCAGGAGCUCCGGGGUUGUGCCGGCUGUCUGACUUCAGAGUUUAACUUGACUGAUGUCCUCUUCUUCUGCCGGAAAGCCAUGGAGAACGUUGUGGAUGAUGACGUGACCAAACGAUUUUCCCCCCAAAAGUUAGACAGCUGGAAUUUACUAACCAGGAACAACCACAACUUCUGUCAUAUAAGCCUGAGACUUAAAGUCGUGUGGGUUCUGGGACUCCUCCUCCGCUACGGAGUCCUUCUGCCUCUCAGAGUAACUCUUGCCAUCACAGGCAUUUGUCUGUUCUUGGUUCUGAGCACCUUGGUGGGGGUUUUACCUAACACAAGGUUACGAUCCUGCCUUAGUGACAAAGUACAUCUGAUGGGUUGCCACAUCUGUGUGAGAUCUCUCUCAGCAAUUAUCACCUAUCACAACAGACAGAACAAACCACAGAAUGAUGGCAUCUGUGUGGCCAAUCACACAACUCCAAUUGAUGGGAUCAUUUUGGCCAACGAUCAUUGCUACUCUUUGGUUGGACAGUUGCAUGGAGGCUUGCUGGGAAUGAUCCAAAGAGCCAUGGUUACAUCUUCUCCUCACAUUUGGUUUGAAAGAGCAGAAGUCAAAGACCGACACCUAGUGGCCAAAAGACUCACUGAUCAUGUUGCUGAUAAAACCAAGCAUCCUGUCCUCAUCUUCCCUGAAGGCACUUGCAUCAACAACACCUCAGUGAUGAUGUUCAGGAAAAGUAGCUUUGAACUCGGCUGCACCAUCUAUCCUGUUGCCAUUAAGUAUGAUCCUCGCUUUGGAGAUGCAUUCUGGAACAGCAGUAAGUUUGGUUUGGUGAGAUACCUUCUGAGAACGAUGAGCAGUUGGGCCAUCGUCUGCAGCGUGUGGUACUUGCCGCCUAUGAACAGAAAGGAAGGAGAGGAUGCAGUACAGUUUGCCAACAGAGUGAAAUCUGUCAUCGCUGCCAAAGGAGGAUUUGUGGAUCUCAAAUGGGACGGUGGACUGAAACGAGCCAGAGUGAAAGAAGCUUUUAAAGAAGAGCAGCAGGAACUUUACAGCCGACUUGUUGUAGGCGUGAGCCAAGGUGCUGACAACGCUGCGUCGGAUUCAGCAAAAGAAUCCUGAGCAUUCCGUAACGCUGACAUGACAACAUGGACCUAUAGACUCACAUCUGAUGCAAUGGCAGUUCAGUUUUUACAAAAGUAGGAAACUAAAUCAAACUCAAGCCUGGAUUUAGGGAGUUUUCCACUUAAAAGUGGAUGUUUAUUUUGUUUGGUACAGAAAAUGAGGGAGAAUGAGCAGGGGUGGUCCUAGAACUUUUGGCGCCUUAAGCGGGAAGCUCAAACCCGCCCCGAACAAACAUUCUGAAUGAGGGUGACUUUUCUGAAAUGAUGAGAAAAAAAUACUUUUUUUGUUUUUUUAGUGAAAAAAAAAGAAGUUUUUUUUAUAUUUGACUCAUAAUGACUCAUAAGUCAAAGAGCUGGCACAGCAGUAGCUCAGGAGGUCAUGCAGUUUGUCCAGCAGUCGGAAGGUUGCAGGUUUGAUUCCGGCUCCAACUAGAGAAUCCUGGACACUUAACUUGCCUUGCCUGCUGGUGGUGGUCUGAGGGACCGGUGGCGCCAGUGUUUGGCAGUCCUCGCCUCUGUCAGUGCGCCCCAGGGUAGCUGUAGCAACAUUGUAGCUCAUCCCCACCAGCGUGGGGAUGUGUGUGUGAAUGGGUGAAUGACUGAAUGUGUUAUAAAGCGCCUUGGGGGUUGUAGAACUCAAAGACAGAGCUACACAAAUACAGGCGAUUUACCAUUUUAAAUGUGAAAACUUUCCAUUUUCUCACUCAUAUAUCAGCUUGUUUCAUAGCUGUAAUGAAUUAGAUUACGUGGUGGUGUCAAAUAUGAAACUGGUCAAGUUUCUGACGCAGUCACUGAGUUCAAUGAAUGAUUAAUGUAAAGAAAAUUGCUAUCUAUUGCUACUUUAACAACUGAAAUAAUUAAAAGUGUUCUAUUUUUCCUAAAUUA